AACCGGAGCCGCAGCCCAUUGUGACCAAUUCGGCAAUCACUUUCCUUCACCGCUCCCGAAGUCUACUGCCAUUCCUUCCUAACCCCGCGUCGCCACGAGCUCGCCGGCGAAGGGGAGUAGCCCGCCGGACGCAGGCCAUGGGCCCACCGCAGCCUGCCAGGGGCGGCAUCAACAUCGAGGCGUGCGCGCGGCCGAUCGCCGUCGACCACUGCAUCAGCCUCCCCUACUACUUCCGCAUCGCGGGCAGCCUCCUCCGCCAGGCUAAUAUAUAUCGGAACGAGAAGAACCUCCUCGACUUGUAUGUCAUCCUGCUGAGAUACUCGAGCUUGCUGUGCGAGACGAUUCCGAAGCAUCGUGAUUAUUUUGCAUUCAAGUCUAGAGAAAAGGAGUUUUUCACUAAACUUAUUGAUGUUCUCAACGAGCUCGAGUCACUGAAGCCAGUUGUGCAGCGGCAGAUUGCCGAACAUAACAGGGGAUGUACUGUGGAAUCUAAUAAUGUUAAUGGAACCUACGCUCCAACUCGUAGGAUAGAGCAGCACAACCCAAGCUUUUAUACUACACAGCCAUUCGCUCGCAGUGCUAACGGAUCAUCGCAAAAAUCCCUACUUGUUGGGAGACAUCAAGUGGCACCAUUACCUAGUGUCCAACCUGAUAGGCAGUUCCGCAAACAAUUUACGAACCUGCCUUAUCCAAAAGAAGAAACACUAGCUAGACACUCCAUAUUAGGACCUAAUGGUCUUCACGGACAAUGGAACGGGCCUGUUGCUGGAAUUAAGGUUCAGUAUCCAAGCAAUGUUGAAUUAACACAAAGUGAUAUAACAAGCAGUUUAGUGCCAGCCAUCUUGGAUCAAGAUGGUCUGCAUGGUCCCAGUACAACACAUCCAGAUAGCUCAACUAACGACAGUGAGGAUAUGAAAUCUGUUCUCUCUCUUGAUGAUGGUCGAUGGUCUGUACAAGCAGAAGAACGUAUCCCCCUUCCUCCUGUUAGUUUGGAAGAAGAAUUAUCCCAGUUGAUUAUCAAACAGCCUUCUCCCCCACCAGUCCUGGCAGAGGUACAAAGACCAAUUUCUCCAUCAAGAGUUGCAGAUCUAACUCCAGGAAUUCCCACCUCAGAAAUUGGCCGUUUCCACGACUUGCAUUUUCCGGUGAAGUUGAUGGAGUGUUUUCUAAGGGUUGCUGAGGCAAACACCAAAAGAAGUUUAGAAACAUGUGGGGUUCUUGCCGGUACCCUGAAAAAGAGAACUUUUUGUGUGACAACCUUAAUUAUUCCAAAGCAGAAAUCGACAUCUAAUACGUGUGAAGCUACAAAUGAAGAAGAACUAUUCGAAGUUCAGGACAUGGGCUCACUUUUCACUCUUGGUUGGAUUCAUACACAUCCAACCCAGUCCUGCUUCCUGUCUUCCAUUGAUCUCCAUAAUCAUUAUUCGUAUCAGGUCAUGCUACCUGAAGCAAUUGCAAUAGUUAUGGCACCUACUGACACAACAAGGAAACAUGGUAUAUUUCAUCUCACGGAUCCAGGUGGUAUGGGUGUGAUCCAUGAUUGUGCAGAGAGAGGGUUCCAUCCUCAUAAGGCGCCUCUAGAUGGCUCGCCAAUCUACGAGUCUUGCUCCCAUGUGUACAUGGACGCCGACGUACAGUUUGACAUGAUUGAUCUCCGAGAACGAUGAGAACGCUCGACUUCAUUUGGUAUAGUUUGGAGGCUGUACUUCUGGCAGUCCAACAAAUCUGCUGCCUUAUUUUUUAGCUAUGUUGAAAAAUUACAAAUACUGAUGCAAGUGAUUGUACAUAGCCAUUGCAUUGUACAGAGAACAAUUGAAUUUAUGCUGUUAUUGGCAUCUUUCGGGGUCAAUGAGUCUUUGUUGUAAUCCAUCCCUUCUUUAAUCUCGUAAGACACGUUUGUAAAGCAAGCUGAGGAAGUGCUGAAUUUCAUUUUUAUGCCAAGUUAACUGUAAUCGUCGGAUGUUUGACUUAUUGCUACGAAAUAUCAUUGAUUGUUUUAGCCCCA